UUACCGACGCAUGAGCAGUAUUAAAUGUUUUUGUGAACAAAAACAAUUGUUUUUAAACAAAUCCAAUUAAUUACCCUUGAAUUGUAAAUGAUUGCACAAAACAGUUUGUGCAAAAGUAAUGGAAUCUAUUUCUAUUCCUAGAAAACGUUUUAGGAAUCGUAGGAAACGUCGACAAGUGAGAAAAAACAAACAGUUUGAUCGUGAAAAAUUAAGAUUUGAGGUUAGGUCGAGGGAACGUCAAAAAUUUAUUGCUGGUGCAAGUGUUUAUUUACCAAUUACAAACCCUGUGAAUCCGGCAAAUAGACAUAAUAUUGAAAAAUCGGAAAAAUCAAUGGAAGCUAAAGCAUUUUGGGAAAAUUAUUCCACCGCUCAAGAGUGGCAACAAACGCACAAUGUAGCUUGGUGGAAAUCUCGUUGCAUUGCAUUAGAAGCUGAAAAUGAAACUUUACGUGAAAUGAUUCAAAAAAUAGUCAAAUCAAUGCAAUGUCAAUGUGGAAAUGCACGACAAAUAAAUAAUCUCUUUCUAUCAUCUAUAAAUCAACAACCAAAACAUUCAGAGAAAAUUCAUCAACAACAUUACGAAAAUAAAAAUAUUCAAAAGCAAAAAAAUCGAAAAAAUUAUCAAAACUAUGAGGAAAUAUCAAAUGAACACAAUUUGGAAAAUGAAAUUCAAUCGGAUGAUGAAAAUUUCGAAUUUCAUGUUAAUGAAGGUAUGAUGGAUUUUUUAAAACAGAGUAUCAAGCAUAAAAUGGAAUUAAAACAGAGUCGUGAGGAAAAAGAGGCCCUCGAGCGCAAUGAAGAAGAUGCAUUUCCAAAAAUGCGGACAAUUUCAUUGAAGGAAAGAAUUGAGAAUGCAAAACUUUUAUACGGUGAAUCAAGUCCAAGAAUACUCGGAAUGGAAACUGCCCUUCAAGCAACAAUUGACAGUCAUAAAGAUAGAACACGUCCAAAUUAUUGGCCGAAUAUUCCUUUAAAACUCUGAUAAUUUAUUUAUAAUAUAUAGUUAAAAGAGGGUUAAUAUUUUCUAAAGUAUUUUAAAGUAUACGCAGAAAUAAAAUAUCUUUUAAUAUUAA